AUGCAGCGUAUGGCUUGCCUGGCUAAAACAAUGUUAGGCAGCUCUCAUGGCACGGAGAGCUUGGCUCGUGUUUUACCUGGUGCUGCAGAAAUUCCCAAAGUUACUUUGGUCUCGAGAACGCAAGUUUCUUUGAAUGUCAAGAAGGACACAGAGAACCGGGACCCUCAGCUGACCGCUACAACGACUUCAAUCCCGUCUUCCGACGAUGCAAAACCUAACACAACGUCAGAUUCUUUGCAAGUUGCAGCUCAGCAGUAUCCAUGGAUGUAUAUGGCAUCCACGCUGGAUGCAUGCUUCGAAGAUGCGGAAGAGGUGGCGGAGAAAAAUAUCCAAACUCGUUCGGAGGAACUAGAUAAACAAGAAGCCAGCUCAUCAGACCAACAAACUCGGACUGAGGCGGAACGGCUGAUAGAGUUUUAUGGUGAACUUUCCUCGGACAAGGUCAGUCAAAUUAUCCUCCUCCGCACACCAAUUCACAAAGCUCGCACUUCACAGUUCGCCAAAGAUGCCCCCAAAAUUAUGCAAAACUUUCUGUCACACGGAGAUGCUUGCACUGAAAUAGAGACGGAAGCUCUGCGUAUUGCAUCGCAAGACUUGAAUAAUAUCGACUUUGACACCGUGGAUAUAAUGGGUCCGCUGCGGGAGUAUAAUGAUGUCCUCGAUAGACUGGGGACACUACAGAUGGAGGCUUUUGAACUCGAAUCAGCCAUGCUACGACUGACCGUUUCCACCACAACAACCACCGAAUUUUCUUCAGCAGACCAGACCAAAACCACAACUAAUACAACUAUCAAUCCUCCGUCUGAAGAUUCAGCACCUCCGGAAUCGGAACUAUCUUCUGCGGAUGCCGAGAACACCUCUAACGUAUCUAGUACCACGCAAUCCGCGGCUGCUCGAUCCCAGAUCGCACCCAUAUUCGCAGCAUGUCUACCUAUCAUCCAUGCCCGUGGUCGAAAUAUCGUGAUGGCCCAGCAAUUAGUGGAGGGGGCAAAGCAAAAUUUGUCAAUGACGGUUCAUUUGCAAAGUUUGGGCUUUGGGGAGGAUGAUAAUGAUCGUGAUGAUGAUGAUGAUAAGGAGGAGGAGUGA